GGCACAAAUUCUGACCUCCUUGGACUAUCUAUCUAUCCCAAUGGGAGAGGCAGUCAGGAAGAAGAGGUGGAAGUUGUAUUUAUUUCACAUAGGGACCUAGUUUAAUGUGUCAGAUUGCAAUGGGUAAUUUGAAGUGGUCACAUGCUUUGAGUCCAUUGCAAACGUAGAUCAGAGUACAGAAAAAAAAUCGCUAAGGGACUAUAGAGAGAGCAUAACUGCAAAAGGCCAUCUUAUAAAGCUACUCUCGGCUGCUGGACACCUAGCAGUUUUUCGUCUCAGCCAGCUCCAGCACCACCUGCUGCGACUCCGCAUCCCGAUCCGUGUCGGAUGUGUCGUCGGGAUCGUCCCAAACAGCCACCCUCUGCUGCCCCUCGUACGAGAACAGGCUCCUUGCCGGCUCCAGGACGGAUCUCAAUGCGGCGCUGGGCAUGUACGGCUCACCCUACGCAGCUGCGGCCGCCAGCCAAGGUUAUGCCAACUACCUGCCUUACAGCGCGGAUCCGUCCACUCUCUAUACCACGCUGAACUCCCAGUACGAGCUCAAGGAGGGCUCUUCUGCCUUCCACGCGGGGAUUGCGCAGCCCGCCGCCGCCUACUACACCUACGAGCAUUCCUUGGGGCAGUACCAAUACGACAGGUAUGGAACGGUGGAUUUUAGCAGCUCCGCCAGACGCAAGAACGCAACCCGAGAGACCACCAGCACCCUCAAGACGUGGCUGUACGAGCACCGGAAGAACCCGUACCCCACCAAAGGGGAGAAGAUCAUGCUGGCCAUCAUCACCAAGAUGACCCUCACCCAGGUCUCCACCUGGUUCGCCAACGCCCGGCGGCGCCUCAAGAAGGAGAACAAGAUGACUUGGUCUCCCAAAAACAAGGCAGGAGAGGAGAGGAGAGAGGACAGUAGAAGGAACGGGGAAGACUGUGGCAGUGAAAGUGAAGACAGAGAUCCAAAGAGCUGUCAAGAAGAAAAGGAGUUAAGACUGAGUGAUCUGGAGGACUUGGAUGAAGAGGAGCCAGAAAUCAAGGUAGAAGCUCAGCCGAAGCAUCCACACCCAGAGGGGCUGAUCGUCGGCAGCGCCUUGGCCGAGUCUGAGAAAAGCAACUGCGGCUUGACCCCACACAGCCCUUUCCAUGCCUUCUCCUGUGCCAAGAGUGGUCUGGCAGCUGCAGGGAACUUUCUUAGCCACAAGGGGGCCACCCUAGCAGGCAGCCUUGGAACUCAAGGACAACCCUAUGAAGCUUCAGAGAAGCCCAGAAUCUGGUCUUUAGCCCACACCGCAGGGGCCAAUGUGAUUGUGGGUCCUGCCACCACCCCUGCCCAAAGGACAGAAAGCCCUGACUGUUUGGUGCUCCGGGGAAGGCUUCCCGGGGCUGCAGGACAAUGCAGUGAAGCGAGGUCGCUGGGCAGCCUUGUGAGAACGCAACCUAUCCAUGAGAAGGCUUUGGAUGAUUUGGCCCAGCCAACCAAGCUCUUUAGGAAUUCCACCUUCAACCUGCAAUCCAUCUCUCUAAACUGUGCUUCCUACCCAAUGCUGGGGGAGACCUGUCAGUACUCAGCAGGCGCUGAAGGGUUUGGGAGAAGUAUGAGAACCACUCAAGGGUCUCUAGAUCUGAGUGAAGUUUGUCUCAGUCAGCAUAAAGACAAACUGAGAACAGCUUUCAGGCCAGUGCUGAAGAGGUGAGAAAGGCUUAGCCAGUCAAAUAUGUCGGUGAAACUUCUCAAGAAGGUUUGGUACCUCCCCAGCUUUCAAAGGAAGACAUCAGACUUCAAUGUGAAUUUUCUCUUUCUCUCCCUCCCGCCCCUCUCUGCACCUUUCAAAGCAUGAACUGCAGUUUUGUUCUCGUGGUGGUGAAGGACUAUUCUUAUAUAUGCACAGCUUUCAAGGGAUACCACCACAAGCUCAUCCAGAAAGCUGCGGUCAGAAUCUACCUGUUUAACAUUCUCUGAACUUGAUCCAUGCACUAUUCUGCCACCAGGGUUAUACCAAACUGAACUCCUUUUCAUCUCUAGCAAGUAUCAACAAAUGCAUUCCAGGAGGCCUUGCCUUCUCUUGUAUUGUCCUAUGUAAAAUGCAAACUAUCAAUGUGGUUACUAAAAUAAUAGCUCUCUCUCUCUCUCUCUCUCUCUCUCUCCCCCUCUCUCUCUGGUUCUGUCAUUUAAAAAAAAAAACACACACAAGCCAUUUUCAAACAUUUUUAACCCUCUUGUCCUCAUUUUUUAAAUUAUUAUUUUCUAAACAUGUAUUUGUCAGCCCAUUUGUCUUGUACUCUGAAGGGGGUUCUUUAGUUGUGCAAAAUACCGGUUUGUUUAUUUUCCUUCCUUGUACAAAGAUAUCACGGAAAGUAUUUUUAAAGGUCUCUAAUUAAAAACCAAACA